AUGGCUGAACACCCGCAGCCCUCGUCCUCCCACCACGCCUCUUUGCAUACCGGUGCCCAUGUGAGCUCUUCCAACGCAGCCUCCCUCCGACAACGGCCUGUUGGGAGGGCAGCGACUUUCGCCGAACCGACAGCGACUCCUCCGAGCUUUCAACGCAACUCCACCUUCUCCGAUACCGUCUCCGAGGCCAGACAGUCGAUCCGGUCCUCAACCGACGACCUGCUGUUUCCACGUGCAAACAAAGACACGGGUAUGGCGUUGCACAAUGAGGAGUCCCACUGGCACUCUGCGCCUCUCGCCCUGGCUUUGCUGCCCGCUGUGGGCGGGCUUUUCUUAAAGAAUGGAAGUGCGAUCAUAACAGACGUGACUUUGCUGAUCUUGGCGGCCAUCUUCCUGAACUGGUCGGUGAGACUGCCAUGGGACUGGUAUCGAUCCGCUCAAGAAGUCCGCCGGCAGGAUACCAAAGAAUUCACGGGCGAUGACAUCAUCGAGGAGGACGAGGAAGAAAACGACGAUGCAGCUGGAGAACGAUCAUCGCCAAAACCUCGAGAUGGACGAUCUAAAACGCAUUCAGAGCAGGACUCUGCGGCUCGCGCGGCUACUCGUGAGCUCCGUGUUCAUGAGAUUGUCGCGCUAAUCUCGUGCUUCGUCUUCCCGAUCAUUGGAACAUGGCUGCUGCAUGCCAUCAGAGGAUCUCUGUCCCGGCCUUCGGAAGGCCUCAUAUCUAAUUACAAUUUGACCAUAUUUCUUCUGGCCUCGGAGAUUCGCCCGUUCGCUCAUCUCCUGAGGAUGGUGCAAGCGCGGACCCUGUAUCUACAGAGGGUUGUCGCUGCAUCGCAGUCUGAGGAUGAUAGCGUUGACAGGAACAAGAUCUUGGAUCUCACCAAACGUCUUGAGGAAUUGGAGGCUCAUGUGGCUGACACAGUGGCCGCGAGGCUCUCUCCUGAUGCGGCCAAUGCCACUCAGAAAGGGCAGGAAAGCCCUCAGGAUGUUGUCGCGCAAGUGACGUCGGACGUGCGCAAGGCACUCCAGCCUGAGCUUGACGCUCUGAAUCGUGCCAUGAGGCGUUAUGAGAAGCGGACCACUGUCAUGGCUUUCCAGAUGGACACUCGCCUGCAGGAGCUGGAAACGCAAGUCCGGGACGCCAUGGCGCUGGCUGCUGCGGCCCAGCGAUCUGCGACAGAUCGUCGGAGCUUCGCCUUCAUCUUGCUGGACUGGGUUUGCGCGAUUCUCGUCCUGCCAGCACAGACGCUGUUCUCCUUGGCCAGCUUACCGGCGCGGAUUGCGACGUUGUGUCUCCUGAAUCUGAAAAUGUUGCUAGGGAUGAAGCAGCGACGCAGCAAGGCUAGUAAGGGGAAACAGCCAAGUCGUUCUUCAGUAUCUCGACCGCCAUCACGGACACAAGCAGCGCCAACCUGGAGCGGAAAAAGCACGAAGAGCCCAUAG